AUGGGCAAAGACAAGGUUUCCUUCCAGCUCAAGACCCCUAAGGGGACCAAAGACUGGGAGGGCAAGGACAUGGUCAUUCGCGAGCGGAUAUUCUCGAGCAUCACAGACGUUUUUAAGCGCCACGGUGCUGUCACAUUAGAUACCCCAGUUUUCGAACUUCGAGAAAUUCUUGCCGGCAAGUAUGGUGAAGACAGCAAGCUCAUUUAUGAUCUGGCCGACCAGGGCGGCGAAAUCUGUUCACUGCGCUACGAUCUGACUGUUCCCUUUGCCCGUUGGCUCGCCAUGAACCCGUCUGUGCAGAAUAUCAAGCGGUACCACAUCGCCAAGGUCUACCGUCGAGACCAGCCGGCCAUGACCAAGGGACGGAUGCGGGAGUUUUACCAAUGCGAUUUUGACAUUGCCGGCACAUACGACGCUAUGCUUCCCGACGCAGAGAUUCUCCGGAUAUUAUACGAGGUGUUUGAAGGUCUUGGCUGGGACGGCAAGUACACGAUUAAGCUCAACCACCGGAAAAUCCUAGACGGCAUCUUCUCCGUUUGCGGUGUGCCCGAGGAAAAGAUUCGAACGAUCAGCAGUGCAGUUGACAAGCUCGACAAGUCCCCCUGGGCCGAAGUCCGCCGCGAAAUGACAGAAGAAAAGGGCCUUGACGGCGCCGUUGCCGACAAGAUUGGAGAAUACGUUGUCCGGAAAGGCAAAGGAGAACUGCUUGCCGCGCUGAAGGAAGAUGCGAUCCUGAGUGGCAACGAGUCUGCCAAAAAGGGUCUCGAGGACAUGGAGCUUCUCUUCGAGUACCUCGAGGCGUACGGCGUGCUUGGUCAGAUUUCAUUUGACCUCAGCCUUGCCCGUGGUUUGGACUACUACACUGGUCUGAUCUACGAGGUCAUCACGGAGGGAUCCGCACCUCAAGCCGCCGAGGCACAAAAGGCCACCAAGGCGGCCAAGAAGAGCAGCGGCAAGCCUCAAGGCGAGGACGACGACCGCUCCGCCGACCCCAAUGUUGGCGUCGGCAGUGUCGCCGCCGGCGGUCGGUACGACAACCUGGUCGGCAUGUUCUCUGGCAAAGCUCAGAUCCCUUGUGUGGGUAUCUCGUUUGGUAUUGAGCGUAUCUUCUCGAUUACCAAGGCAAGAAUGGAGGCGCAAAAGACUGCUGCCUCGGUCCGACUUAACGAGAUUGACGUCUUUGUUAUGGCGUUUGGUGGCAAGGGCUUCACCGGUUUGUUGAAGGAGCGCAUGUCUAUCGCAAAGACUCUUUGGGAUGCCGGUAUCAAGGCCGAACUAGCAUACAAGGUCAAGCCUAAGCUUCCCCAACAAUUCAAGUCUGCUGAGAUUGGCGGUGUCCCAUUUGCCGUGAUUCUCGGCGAAGACGAACAAGCUCAAGGCAAGUGCAAGAUCAAGGAGCUAGGCCUGCCCGAAGGCCACCCCGAAAAGGACGGCAUCGUCGUCGAUCUCGCCAAUCUCGUUCCUGAGGUGAAGAAACGUCUCGCGGACAAGACCGGCAUUGAUGGCGUCACUGGCGGCAAUCUCGUUCCUGAGGUGAAGAAACGUCUCGCGGACAAGACCGGCAUUGAUGGCGUCACUGGCGGUAUUAACGGUCUAUGA